AAUAACAUUACUUGUGCAGCCAAAUUCUACCUAGGCUAUGCUAUGUGCAAACAUUAUGGAUGUAAGGAGAAGAUCGAGAACCCCUGAUAUGGUGUCCGUAGGCGUGGCGUCUUUUGAGCAAAGCGGCUGCAACUGAACUUGAUGCCAGUAAAGGGGACAUCUUACUCUCACCUCAGCUGGCUAUUACUGUUCAGUUCACCAUCAUUAUACGCAUGGACAAUCCACAGAAGCACGCAGUCGCAGACCGUCAGGAAUCCUUAUGUGCGCAGUGCUCCAAGUUAAACCUGCGGCAAAUGCUCAAGGGUGGAGUAACCAUGGAAGAUGCAAUUCCACUCGACACAAUGGUCAACGUCCUUGCGAAAGCCUCCACCUGCAAGCUGUGCUCCCUCAUAUCCAACGUCCUGCGUCGCACCUGGCUGCUGGACAAACAUGACUAUCCCGACAUCGACUUCUCUCCCAUUCAACUCACGAUCUACGCUCGAGAAUGCGGAAACAUCCGCGAUCCUCCUCCUCCCGUUCCCGAGCUUGCACAUCGUCUGUUUAUACGCCCCAUCGGACGACCAAUCGAAGUUAUCGACGCGAUGAUAGCCGCUGAGACGGCCCUCGAGCUCGAGAUACAGCUCAUGGAAGAAGAUGCGCACCUGUUGGGUCGAUCGCCGGAUCUGCAUGGGCGACGAGUUACGGAGGUGGUGGAUAUGGGACUGGUAAAGAGAUGGAUGGGUAUCUGUGAGGGUACACACGAGGGGUUGUGCGCGUCGGCGUGGUGGAGAGAGGGCGAGACGGCUACGCUGCCUAGCACCGUGCGUAUGGUUGACGUCCGGGACUCUGCAAUCGUCCAGGUGCCUCCUGGCUGCCGCUAUGUCGCGCUCAGCUAUAUGUGGGGGAUCCCCGGCGACUCGUACUGGACCACCAGCACCAAUCUCGCCGAGCGCUCGCAGCCCGGUGGUCUCCCCAAGUCCGCCCUCCCAACUGUUAUAUCCGACACAAUCCUGCUCAUGCGCGACCUCGGCGAACGAUACCUGUGGGUCGACUCGCUCUGUAUCAAACAGGACGAUCCCUCAGACAAGGCGUUUCAAAUCAGCGCCAUGGAGCGCAUAUACGGAUGUUCGCUGUUCACCAUCUUCGCAGCGGGCGGCACCAGCGCUAACGCACCCCUCCCUGGUCUCCGUCCCGGCACGCGCGUUGUCCACCAGCAGAUCGAAGAGAUCCAAGGCCUCCAUCUCUCCGUCCCCCUCCCAACGCCACAGGAGGCGCUCGCUCACUCGCGCUGGAUGACGCGGGGCUGGACCUACCAGGAGCUCAUGCUCUCUCGUCGGCGUCUUUACUUCACAGACGAUCAAGUGUUCUUCGAGUGCCUCGCCAACCUCUUUGGUGAAGAUCUUGUUGCCGAGAGUCCAGGCUUGGUCAAUGCCGUGAAGCAGCACCCCUUCUCUGUGCGAGGCGGCGGUCAGUUUAUUUCGGCCGGACGACCAAGCGAUUGGCUAAGGCAGCGCUGGGUAUGGUCAUUUAUGCAUGUGCUUUCAAAGUACACGCGAAGGCAUCUCAGCGUUGAGACAGACAUCAUCGAUGCGAUGUCGGCACUGACGAAUGCGUGCGCGCAGGGGUUCCGUCUCGCGGGUGGUGAUCCGCGCAAGGCGUUCCACUAUGGGAUGCCGGUGACGGAGAUGGAUCUAGCGUUGUUGUGGACGCCGGAUCCGUACGCCCCUCAUGAGAGGAGGGUGCUCGAGGAGUACAUGGGGAACAAGAUACCGUGGCCGUCGUGGGCGUGGUCGGGAUGGCGAGGGCGGAUUCGGUAUAUGGACGACGGUCAAUUCGCAGGGCUGGAGCAAAUGACAAUUUAUCCAGGUCUCGAUGCGUCACUCGUUGAUCGGUGGUUCAUUGUCGAUGAAGACCUUGGGCUGACGCAGCUCGAGGUUUCGACUUUCAUCGAGCACAACAGUGACCAUGCUGACGUGCCGCGACCGUACGUUAUUCCUCGCUGGGAUCGCGCCUGGUCCAUUCCAUCAAACGUACACCUCAAGCCCGGGACUUUGGUAUUCCGGACAAGUUUGGCUCCUUUCCGCGUCGCGGUAGCUGAUUCCGCAUCGUACGAAGACUAUAGCACCCUUGUAACGGAACACCAUGCGAUCUUCUCGGUUCACGCCCUCAAUAGCCCCCAAGAUGUUGUCGGCCGCAUCAUUCUCCCUGCGAUGCACCCCUCACCGGCAACUAUCCAGCUCCUUGCGCUCUCACGCUGCAAGAAGUCCGAUAAUCUUCCUUGGGUCACGCCCGACACCAACAUAGUCGAACAAGGAUUUCUGUUGAACGUCAUGGCUACUAGGCCCGUCUCGGAAGUUGGGAAGAGGGAGAGGAUUGGUGUUGGUGUCAUCCUCGAACGGGCUUGGGUGGAGGCAAGUCUGAGUACGGACGUGAUCAUGUUACAAUGAAGUAAGGCAAAAACGUGUAUUAAUAUCCAUUUGGAUGUUCG